AUGCCUGUGACUCGCUCGGAUUGGUCCACAGAGUCUACACUCUACCCAGCCAUGAGAGUGUUUUUGAAUGGGGUGGAUGUCUGCAUGGACAAGCAGUUUGCAACAAGGGAGAGGUUUACCAUACCAACUGUCGAAGAAGUCCUCGGCAUAGUCGCUGGCAUCCGGAUAUUCUCCCUGCUAGACGCUAAACAAGGGUUCUGGCAAGUACCACUGACAGAGGAAAGCCAGAAGUUCACUACAUUCAUUACACCAUUCGGGCGUUACUGCUUUAAACGCCUUCCAUUUGGCACCACAUCGGCACCAAAAAUAUAUCAACGCAUCAUGUGGGUCCUUCUUACCGACAUAUCAGGGGUCGUGGUGUACAUGGACAACGUACUGAUCAACGAUCACACAACAAAAGAACACGAUGAAAGACUCCAGCGCGUUCUCAAAAGUGCGAAAAACGCUGGACAACGGCUGAACAAGCACAAAUGCAAAAUUGCCCAAACAAAGGUCGACUUCCUUGGUAUGAAGCUCGAUAAAGACGGCAUCCAUGCCGACCCUGCAAAGAUAGCCGCGAUCAUCCAAAUGCCACCACCCACCACCAAAACCGAAGUCAAACGACUAAUGGGAAUGAUCAAUUGGCUCGCGCGGUUCAUUCCCCAUGUCUCCUCAGUCGCUGCACCAAUAAAUGACCUACUGAAGAGUGAUGUCCGCUGGGUGUGGGGAUCACCACAGCAGUCAGCUUUUCGCAGCAUUAAGACACUCCUCACAUCAGCUCCUUCACUCGCUUUCGAUGAUCCAAAUAUAAAGCUGAUCAUGGUUAGCGCUGAUACAAGCGAAUACGGACUGGGUGGAUGUAUUUUGCAGCAACAAGAUGACAGACAGUGGAAGCCAGUGGCGUACUGCUCAAUAAGCCUUACUCCAUCUGAACGACGCUACACGCAGAUAGAGAAAGAGCUGUUGGCUUCGUCUCAUGAAGUACCACUGCACCUCAGAUCUCCCAGGGGGAAUUUGGACGAGAUCAAGCGUGAAACUGCCCUCGAUGAAGUGCUGGUGCAAGUCGCAUCAUGCAUUCACAGUGGCUGGCCAAAAUACUCCCGCGACAUUGAACCAACAACAGUGAAGCUCUACUGGGAGAACCAAGACAACCUCAGCUUCGUCCAGGGGAUCCUAAACCAUGGCGACUGCAUCGUCAUCCCGGCAAAUAUGCGCCAAGAGAUGCCGUUGAGGAUUAAUGAAGGUCACCAGGGAAUAUCAGAAUCUAGAUCCCGAGCUGCUCAAGCCGUUUGGUGGCCAGGUAUUGGGAGCGACAUUGCCCAGUACGUAAAGAAACGCUCCUUCUGUCAGACCAAGCAGUCAGCACAGCGAGCGGAGCCUCUAAUCUCGACUCCGCUUCAUGAACGACCUUUUCAACGUCUUGCCUGUGAUCUGGCAGAGGUCAAUGGGAGACACUACAUUGUCCUAGUCGACUACUCUUCGCGAUGGAUUGAGGUCCAUCAACUCCAGACAACAACGCCGUGGGCCGUCAUUAACUUUUUGAAGGCCACUUUCGGCAUACCUGAGGUUAUCGUCACCGAUAAUGGGCCACAGUUCCUGACCGAGUUCAACCAAUUUGCAAGUGAGUAUGACAUCCAACAUCUUACAUCUAGCCCCAACUGCCCUCAGGCAAAUGGAAUGGCCGAGAAGGUAGUCCAUAUUGCUAAAUCGAUAUUCCGGCAGCCUGAUCCUCUGCGAGCAUUGCUGACCUACCGAUCCACACCAAUCUCAGGCCUCAACCUUAGAAGAAGGAGCUCGUCGUGUUCAACGUUCGUUUGCAAUGUACAUUGGCGCCUCGCCUCAUCGUUAUCCACAUAA